CCUCUUUCGUCCGCACAGCUCGGACAGCCAACACGUUUCUGUCGUACUCCUGUUCUUUCCCAGGGAGUCCGCCAUUGUUGGCGCACGUACAUCUUCGAACGGGACAGGAAUAAUCGGAAAACAUCCAAGAUGGUGAACUUUACCGUAGACGAGAUCCGUGGGAUGAUGGACAAGAAGAAGAACAUCAGGAACAUGUCCGUCAUAGCUCACGUGGAUCACGGAAAGUCAACUCUGACAGACUCCCUUGUAUCCAAGGCUGGUAUCAUUGCUGGUGCCAAGGCAGGUGAAACACGAUUCACUGAUACUCGUAAGGACGAGCAGGAGAGAUGCAUUACCAUCAAGUCAACAGCUAUCUCCAUGUUCUUUGAGCUUGACGAGAAGGAUUUGGUGUUCAUCACCAAUCCUGAUCAGAGGGACAAGGAAGAGAAGGGUUUCUUGAUCAAUUUGAUUGAUUCACCUGGGCACGUUGAUUUCUCGAGUGAGGUCACUGCUGCUUUGAGAGUUACUGAUGGAGCACUUGUCGUUGUUGAUUGCGUCUCUGGUGUCUGUGUGCAGACGGAAACUGUACUUCGUCAGGCCAUUGCUGAACGUAUCAAGCCUGUGCUGUUCAUGAACAAAAUGGACCGUGCUCUGCUCGAGCUCCAGCUGGACAGUGAAGAUCUCUACCAGACAUUCCAGCGUAUCGUUGAAAACGUCAACGUCAUCAUCGCCACUUACUCUGAUGACGAUGGCCCCAUGGGUGAGGUGCGUGUCGAUCCCAGCAAGGGUUCCGUUGGUUUUGGAUCUGGUCUUCACGGAUGGGCCUUCACACUCAAACAAUUCUCCGAGAUGUACGCUGAGAAAUUCAAGAUCGACACUGUCAAGCUCAUGAAUCGCCUCUGGGGUGAGUCGUUCUUCAAUCCCAAGACCAAGAAGUGGAGCAAACAGAAGGAGGCUGACAACAAGAGGUCUUUCUGCAUGUACGUUUUGGAUCCUAUUUACAAGGUCUUCGACUGCAUCAUGAACUACAAGAAGGAGGAGGCUGACAGUCUCCUCUCAAAGUUGGGAAUCGUCCUGAAGCCCGAGGACAAGGACAAGGACGGAAAGGCCCUCCUCAAGGUCGUGAUGAGAACCUGGCUGCCAGCUGGAGAGGCUCUACUUCAGAUGAUAGCCAUCCAUCUUCCAUCCCCAGUAACUGCCCAGAAAUACCGUAUGGAGAUGCUCUACGAGGGCCCACACGACGACGAAGCUGCCCUUGGUAUCAAGAAUUGCGAUCCCAAUGCACCACUGAUGAUGUACGUCUCAAAAAUGGUGCCAACCUCUGACAAGGGACGUUUCUACGCUUUUGGUCGUGUUUUCUCCGGUAAAGUCUGCACUGGUAUGAAGGCCCGUAUCAUGGGGCCCAACUUCGUGCCAGGAAAGAAGGAAGAUCUCUACGAGAAGGCCAUCCAGCGUACUAUUCUCAUGAUGGGGCGUUACGUCGAGGCCAUCGAGGAUGUGCCGUCAGGUAACAUCUGUGGUCUCGUCGGUGUCGAUCAGUUCCUGGUGAAGACUGGAACGAUCACCACUUUCAAGGAUGCACACAACAUGAAGGUCAUGAAGUUCUCUGUAUCACCUGUUGUGCGUGUUGCUGUUGAACCGAAAAAUCCAGCUGAUUUGCCCAAACUCGUUGAAGGUCUGAAGCGUCUCGCCAAGUCUGAUCCCAUGGUCCAAUGUAUAAUCGAGGAGUCAGGAGAGCACAUAAUCGCAGGAGCUGGUGAGCUCCACCUGGAGAUUUGCCUGAAGGAUCUCGAGGACGAUCACGCAUGCAUUCCAAUCAAGAAGUCAGAUCCAGUGGUGUCGUACAGGGAGACAGUCUCCGAGGAGUCCGACCAAAUGUGUCUCUCGAAAUCCCCCAACAAGCACAAUCGUCUCUUCAUGAAGGCCCAACCGAUGCCCGAUGGUCUUGCUGAGGACAUUGACAAUGGUGAUGUCAACCCCAGAGACGACUUCAAGGUUCGUGCUAGAUAUCUCGGGGAGAAGUACGAUUACGACGUGACUGAGGCCAGGAAGAUCUGGUGCUUCGGCCCUGAUGGCACUGGUCCCAAUAUUCUUGUUGAUUGCACAAAGGGAGUGCAGUAUCUCAACGAAAUCAAGGACUCUGUUGUCGCUGGAUUCCAGUGGGCGACGAAGGAGGGAGUCCUCUCUGAGGAGAACUUGAGGGGUGUCAGGUUCAACAUUUACGAUGUUACACUGCACGCUGACGCCAUCCACAGGGGUGGAGGACAGAUAAUCCCCACGACAAGACGUUGUCUUUACGCUUGUUUAUUGACUGCUGCCCCCAGGCUCAUGGAGCCCGUUUACCUCUGUGAGAUUCAGUGCCCUGAGGUCGCUGUUGGAGGUAUCUACGGUGUACUCAAUCGUCGACGUGGCCAUGUCUUCGAGGAACAGCAGGUCGCUGGCACUCCCAUGUUCGUGGUCAAGGCGUAUCUGCCUGUCAACGAGUCGUUUGGCUUCACUGCCGAUUUGAGAUCCAAUACUGGGGGACAGGCAUUCCCACAGUGUGUGUUCGAUCACUGGCAGAUACUUCCUGGAGAUCCCACUGAACCUGGGACUAGGCCUUACCAAGUCGUUCAGGACACAAGAAAGAGGAAGGGAUUGAAGGACGGACUCCCUGACUUGGCUUCAUACCUCGACAAAUUGUAACCAAUUGGGACUCUCGCACUCUAUUUAAAUAUCCUAUUUAAAUAUUGUAAUUCAAUUUGAAUAUCGCUCGAGCGAUGGACAGCUACCACGUUCGGCUUUACGUUUCCGUGGUUCAUUUUUCACGAUUAUCAAUUAACUAAUAACAUUCUUUAUUAUUCUAGUGGAGAAUUAUGGAAAUACUGGAUGAAAAAAAUUGAUUUGUAACCAUUCUGUAAGCUAUUCAGAUAUUGAAAUUCGGUAAUUUUUGUACAAUAUGGUUUUUUAAUGCUCUCAUUACUCCCUCCCUCAUCUGGUUUAUUUUUACGUUAAUUUGGUUGUUUUUUUUUAUUCCCUCCCUUUUUCAAAAUGACUGAACGAAUGAGACGAAAAUUUAAGGAUAAUGCACUGUGUAUUCGGGGCCGAGUGAAUAUACAUGAAAAUACAGAAACUGAUGAAUAAAAA